CUGUCUGAAAGUGUCACUCUAUGUGAAAUUAGCAGUAUAUGAACGGAAUAUAAAAUCAAACCAGCAUACCUUAAUAUUCUAGGGAUAUAGUUCUUAUUAAGAUCAAGAUACUGAUGGACAACUAAGAACUGUGAUAUAUACAAGUUAGAGAAGGUGACAAGAACCAUUGUUUUUAAUACCUUUGGACCCGUUCCUAAGAGGUAAUCUCUUUUAUAAUGAAAAAAUGAUCUCGAACGCAAAGCAACAGUCAAUUAAUUGAAAUGAGGAGCACGUCAUAAAUCAAGAUAGCCCAAUGGACAUAUAAAGUGGUGCCACAGGACAUUCCUACCCAUAAUGACAGACCAUGGAUAUUUUUCCAUUGACGGUGGAUCGAGUGCGAUCAGUCCACACAAAGACUCCCAAACCAUAGAAACCAAAUCACUGGCCACGACUGCUACAUCGAUGACUCCUCGCCUGCCGAAGAUCAUACUAAGAGACACGAGAGGCAGAGAAUUGGACACCGAAAGUGUCUUCCAGACAAAGAUCUACGAGGCUAAAUGGAGAUUACAACAUGGAGGUGCUCCAAGCAAUUCUUCAGACUGGAGACUGCCCCAUGUGCCAGUAGUGGCUAGGCCUGAUUUUUCAAGAGUUAACCCAGAAAAGUUAGAAAGACUCAGAGCGAGUAGAUUGAAGCACGGGUUCAGUUCUCAUUUAUCGAGAAGUGAUUCCUUCCCCGGUUCAUUAGCGGAUAUCGGAGAAGAGGAAAACUUUCUCCCCUCAAGUUUCAGCUUCCCAGAAAAUCUGCCAAAUCUAGCAACGGCUGUGCUAAAGAAAAAGCAUGUCAGGUCGCGGUCAUCCGACUCGGCAGCGUAUUACCACUCCAGUCAGUACUACAGGGACGCCCUCGAGAACGCAGGCGACAAGGUGUUUCUGCCCAUAGCAUGGACGGCGCCGCUCCACAACAAGGAGCUAUCAGAGACGGAGAAAAGAGAGAACCCUUAUGUAUGGCCGGGGUUAUGCACGGGGUGCCAGCGGGUGGACAAUGAAUUGUGCUAUGGGUGCGAACAGAGUGCAAUACCUCAUCUUCAUAAAGUGAAACCGGUGAGAACAGGGGGUGGUUUCACGUACUACAAAAGGGAUUACCCGAAACAGGAGGACAAGAAGAAGAAUCCUCUAUAUUGGAAGACAAAGGGGGACUAUAAUGGCAAUAUUCAUCUCCAUGGAAUUGACUUUCCUGAUAUGAGAAAAUAUGGAGUGAGUCUGAAUAUCGCCAAGUCUACGAUAGAUGGCUCUGCUGGAGACAUGCAGAUGCGUUCCAAGGACGAUGGAGACAUAGAUACAAAAAGAAAGUCGCCGAGUAAACGUGUCCAAUAUGCCGAUGACCUGCAGCAGCUACUCCCGUUAGCAGAAACAGGAUCUCCAGGAUCCGAGUUAUCAUUCAGUGCCCCUCCAACGCCAUCUCGGUCUGGCUCGGGCUAUUCAGGCUCAACUGCUAGCAGAAGUAACGCCAAAACACGAGAGAGCGCCUCCCAAAAGGAUGACAUACUGUCGUCUCAUUUCGGAGAACCGCUUCAUGAUGAACACUCACAACAGAGUCUCAUUGAAGACGAUACUUUAAAUGGUGUGAUGAGAAACAUGAAACCCAAGUCACCUUCUUUAAUUGAGAACCCAUCGUUGAAUGAGACCACAGACACUCGAGUGAGUAGACCACCCUCCAAGACGCCAUGCAACUCAGCGGACUCGAAGGAACCAGGUGUUCAAGCAGAAGACAAUCGCAGCAGCCCUGUAGCCAGGGCAGCAACCUUAGAAGUGGAGCCUAUUUACCUUACAGAGGAUACAAGUAGAAUAGAUGAAGAAGGAAAAGUAAUAUCCCCGGGGACACCUGGUUCCGAAAUUGACAAGGACAUUGUUUCCUCAACACAACACACAUCCCUACAUGAUACGAGGGUUCGAACUGUAGUCGCCAAAAUAAUUGAUACAUCAAACGAUCCGAGUGAACAUGAAGGGAGAAGUGAUGAUGAACAAUACAUUAAUAAUGACGAUAAAGAUGCUAGAUAUGAGAAGGACGCUACUGGUGUUGAUGAGGAUGAUGCUGAAGAUGUUGAAGAUGCUGGUGCUGGUGAUGCUGGUGUUGAAGAUGCUGGUGCUGGUGAUGCUAGUGUUGAUGAUGCUGGUGCUGGUGAUGCUAGUGUUGAUGAUGCUGGUGCUGAUGAUGCUAGUGUUGAUGAUGCUGGUGUUGAUCCUGAAGAUGAGACUGAUACUGUUAUUGAUGGCGUUGAAUCACAUACAACAGGGACAUAUAUCGGUACUGAAGAGACAGACGCAAACACUACUGGCUUAUCACUGGGUAGUAGACACAGUAGGAGAAGUAGAGGGAGUCUGUACAAAGCUCCCAAAGCGUUUGAAAUUAAACGUGGCAAAACAAAGGUCACAAAAGCGUCAGAUCCUUUCGCCAAGGAUCGUGAUAUUCAACUCCCAAAGUACAAGGAAUUUACUGUUACAAAGAGCGACAAACCAACAACUGAGUUUGUGGACUUUGAACACAAACCAGUGGAUUACCAGGAACCAAAACAAUUUCAACUGAAAGAACCAAUCAGAAAACCUAUUGAGCCGUGGACUCCGCCAACUAAACCAGAAACACUUAAGUCGAACUCAACACACACAUCUCUAGCCAUCGAUUCUCCAAAACCUAACUCAGCCCCACGUGAACAAUCACCACCGUCAACUGCAGACUCAGGUGUUGUCACUAUACCCCAACCAGGUGAACCAAAGCCCCCGCUCACUGCAGCAAAUAUUGAUGAAAAUAUAAGUAGACCCGAAAUUAUUAACACUCCUCAGGGCGCCAACACAAUACCACUUCAGACAAAUAUUACUCCAAUAGCCCAGACUGAAUAUAUACCAAUUUCAGGCCAAUUCUCUCACAAACCAAGAACGGCUCCCUCCAAAUCUCAUACUCCAAAGACCCCUUCAUUAGAAAUAUCUACCAAGCCAAUUGAUUCAUCCACAAACUCAAGACAUAUUACUCCCCCUAAUUUUAUCAAGACCAAAGUUGGAUCAUUUAAAAGUAAAGCAAAGGAAGUUGGUAUGGCCAGUAGGGUGUUCAAAGCAUUUAGGAAACAAGAACAGAGCAAGAACAGCCAAAUUGCUUCCCCGGAUAGAGAAGUAGUUGUACUUCACACACAGACGUCCCUGGAAAUAAAAGAUAAUGGAUCCCCUAAGAUCCCUACCCCCACCAUAGAAUUGCACCAUAGUGCCCCUCUACCCUCACCCAUAGAUAUACAUGACACCCCGUCCCCCAUCCCCUCAGUGGGAGAUGUCGAUAGACACGAGGCUGUCAAUGUCACCCCACUCUCUUCAAGGAGUCAAUUCUACACAGAUCCAGAACCAACUGAACCAACAGAGGAAAAACAACCAAGUCCCGUUAUGGAUGACGGGCCAAAGAAAGAAGUUGUGGAUACCAGCAUUACACCAGAAACGGAUCAUGGAUAUAUAUUCCAUGAUCCAGAACUGGAAGAUUUCAGUGAAGAACCAGUUGCUGUAACUCCUAUCAAGGACCCCACUCCAGAACCUGCCGUGAAGGAGACCGAGCCAACUGUCCCUAAGCUACCUCGCUAUAGCAUCAAAGAAAGUAAGAAAAGCACCGAGAGGAAGAGAGCGGGAGCACCCAAGAAGAAGGAACCGGUCAAGAAAAAGGAAAAGGAGGUCAUUGUAGAGAAAGCUCCGACCCCUGUGGAAAAGCCAGAAACACCACCACCUUCAAAACCACAAACGCCAGCAGUUGUGGUAACAAAAGGAGAACCGCUGCCACCAAUUAGAUUCAAGCCUCCUCCAAUCAAAAUGGCGCCUCCAAAACUUCCGGUUGCUCCAGUUGUUGCACCACCAAAGCUGCCGCUAUUUCCAGAGGAUGCCUCAAAGCACAACCACAAUAAGACAGCCAUAGAGAAGAAACCUGUCAUUGAACAUCCUCCCAUACAGAAGAAGCCAACGAAUACUGAAUUGUUAGCUAAAAAGAGAGCCUCGCAACCAAAAAGAAGACGAACUAGAAAUGUUCCCAAUGCCAACGAGGAACCCAAGGAUCUUAGGACGAUGCAUGAUCCCUUGAAUUACCUUGCUAAAUAUUGCAUCAUACAACCUGAGCGGAUGCCGUACUAUGAGAGGGUGUUUAACCGUACCCUGGCCAACCAAGGCUACCCUUAUGAUGACAUACCAGAAUCGAGAAUACCAAAAGGACAAACUGAGCCAAUCAGUACCGAAUUACCCGAUAUGCUAAUGGUUAUUGGAAAUACUGAUGCUGAUGGUGAUAAAUUACAAAGUUUGGGUCAUGGUGCAAUAACCCCACACGAAGUGAAAAUGAUUACGGACCACACUCUUAUCAACAGGGUUCCCGCUUACAAAGGUGCAACUGGACUAGGGGAGUCCGACGAGUAUGUUAAUAAGCUCUCAUAUACACUGGAUAACUACUACGACCGUUACGACAACAUUCAGGCCAAGCUUGAUGAACUGAAAGCCGACAAAAACUCCCGAUUGAUAACUAUGAUACGCAAGCACCACCCUGAAAUUAUGAGAUCCGAUUAUGUUGCUCCAAAGAAAAAAGGAAAGAAGAAAGACAAGAAGAAUAAAUCUUCCAAAACUAAAGAGACAGCGGGUGAUGCUGAGACUGAGCAGGCAGAGGAGGAACCCACUUCACCUCGUAUUCUAACCAAUGAAAUGAUCAUUGAACGUUUAGAUACGCAUAGUCUCGCUGUGUUGGAGGCGGACCCAGAUAUAAGCCAAAUGAAUCUUGAGUUAGAAAGAAUGAAAGAAAAGAUACACGAGAUUGAUGAUAGGAUAGAAGACCUCGAAGACGAAAAGAAAUUGAUGCUGGUAUAUAGUAGGGAUCAAUUCCAUCGCAAUGAGAUUGAUCAGGCUAACGAUGCCCAGUUCCUCCGUAAACAGAGCGCCCUCUAUCAAAGAUUGAACCCCCAGGAGGAUUUAGAGAUGAACCUGGUUGAGGUUGAGGAAGCCUUGCAACACAUCAACAAUAAUCUCAUCUCGCAAAGUGAAAUGGCAUUCAUAUUCCAUGUUCUAGAUCUACCUGGAAGGAGGAGGAUUAAUCUCAAAUUAUUCAGUGCCGUUGCUGCAUUGUCUGAGAAAAUUACUCAAGUUGAACCACUGGUACGGAAAUUGAUCAAUAAGUUGGACUUCCAGGCAUUGACCAUUAAAACAGACCGUUGUAAGGAGCUGUUUUAUUUAUUGGACGAGAAGGACUUUGAUGUUCCAACGGGGAAGGUUUCAGCUAGGAACCUUGGGAUAGACCUCAUUGCGGGAGGUGUAUCACCAGAGAACACUGAAUAUGUUAUGAGCAAAUUUAACAGAGAACACAAGGGUGUGGUCGAUUUCCUGGACUAUCUGAUAUACAUUCCAUUGUUCAUUGAAAUACAUGAACGUAUCGUAAUGGACCCGCUAAACUUCAUAAGAAAUCUAUAA